AUGGCGCCGCUGUCAACAAGCACCAACUCCUUCAAGACGGCGCCAAAGGCCAAGAAGAAGAAAACGAAGAAGUCGCCAAGUGACGAGGUCAUGACGGGCGAGCCGAUCGAAGCCUUUCGCUCGCUUCGCAUCAGCAUGCAGCGCAAUAUUGCGACGGUGCGCUCCAACCUUCAGCACUUGCACGGCGCCGGAAGCGUGCUAUGCCCCACGCGCAUGGAGAACCAGUAG